AUGUCCAACCUUCGAGGUGAAUUUCCAGAUGUCCACCAACACUUCGAGAACGGCAUGCAUGUGGUUAGACAGAGUGAUCGUCUAUGGGCUGGCUUGUCAUCAGAUCUGAUAAUAGAGCAAGUGCUAAUGAGAAGCAUGAAGACCAGUGGGGGCCUUACGAGGGGACGAGGCAUGACUGAGCAACAGCGACUGACGUGGCUGAUGUCGAUGCCGGCUUGUGGUGAAGUGAACAGUGUGAUGCAAGAAUUGACAAGGAUAAGCUACGACACAGGAGAGCAGAACAAGGACAUGACAAAAGCGAGACAAUCCCGUGAUUGGAAGGACACCCUGUCUGUUCUCGAGAAUCUCAAGGAAAGGAGCCCUUUCAGUGAUGAUCAGACCCUCCGCAACAUCUUCACAGGAGUACAUGCCCACAGCACUGUCAACGUCGACAAGGCAAAGACUGUUGGAAAGUCAAUUCUGGAUGGUAUGGAUGGGGAAAUUGUUGCAGAGUAUACCUUCAAGCGGAAACACCAGGUUGUCACACUAGAUACCAAGUCAACGGUUAAGAUAGACGGCGAAUCAGUGCAGAUUGACCCACAGCUCCUUUUCCAGCGACUGACAAUAGCUGCAAAGACCUCAAAGGAUCUUGAGGAUGUCUUCAAAUAUGAAUUGUGUACUCACCCACCAGCCCUCUUUGAUCCCAAUCUACUUCUUCGACAACCACAGAAGCCAGUUCUUGCCGAUGCCAUUUGGGCUGUUCUUACCCCAGAUGACACAAGUAUUACUGGUGAAAUUCCAUAUGUGUUGGAUGGUGGAGCACUCAUCCAGCGCAUCCCAUGGACACUAGGGGCCACAUACCUGGACAUAUGCCAUGUCUAA